AAUCCAUUGUGUGAUCCAAACCUUACCAUUGAUUCAGCAUUUGUUGACAAAUACUCGCAUUUAGGCGAAGAUGUCAUCACUUUAUUCUCCAAUGAAUCGGUGUAUGAGUUGACUGUCAGUCCCCAUAACCUGGACAUUAGGUUCCGAUAUGACAGCACUCAACCACUGGGUGAAUGGUCUCUGGGUAUUAUGGGACCUAUUAAUGUAGUCAACUACGAUGUGACCGCAAAUUACUUAACACUAGAAAAUUAUGUAAAGGAGAUAAACUGGACAGUAUGGUAUAAAAAUAAAGCAAUCAGGGAUGUUUAUGCACUGGAAGGUGUCUCACCAGACUGGCACAAUUACAUCUCAUUUGAAAGGCUAACCACCGAUAAUAUGUCCCUGAUACUGGACAAGUAUGUACUCCGGACACACCCGGACCCACAAAUAGACUUCAAGCGCUACAUCGAUGGUCAACUCCAC